AUGGACAAGUUCGAGUCCUGGUACAACCACUUGAGAAAGUUGGUUGGCAGGAGAUUCAACUCCCGCACUCUCACGGUCGGGAUGCUCCCACAUAAGAAGGACCAACUGCUGGAACUCCUGCAAGUAUGGGUCUCCCGGAGCUCCUUCGAUCUGCUAGAGAUUGCCCACUUGCUAGGGACACUGGAGAACCACACCAAGUACGCUCGUUGGGCCCGCUGUUGGUGCUGUGCCCUCCAGAACGCUGUCCGCCGUGCCCUCACUGCACGGUUCCACAUUGUCAGCCGUCGAUUCAACCGUGCUGGCCGUGAAGUGCAUCUCCGUCGAGAGCUGCCUGCUUCCCUACUGGGACGCAUCGAGUCCCUUGUCCUGCGUGAAAGGGCAAAACUUCUGUGGACAACCCGACAGCGGUUUGCUGUUGACGCCGACAUGCGAACGUCCUUACAGCACCUGCAGGCCUAUGUGAGUUCUGCGGAAUCACCAUGGGAGGUCCCACUGGGACUUAUUGUUCCACGGGAACCCCACUUUUCCUCUCGGGGGGAUGCCAGUACUGCUGGUGGUGGUGCCUACUGCUUGAAGCUUGGUUUCUGGUUUGACGUAAUCUGGUCUCCUCGAACCGUCCGAGGAGCCAGGGACCUUCCUUCCAAUGCCGAUGACUUCGUCCACAUCAACUCCCUUGAGUUUAUUGUGGUCGUCCUCCAGCUUGCUGCUAUUGUGACACGCCUUCGGACACUCCCACGGAACUCCUCGUGUCCCUACUUUCCAAAAGGGGUACCAGCAAUUCCCGUGUGGUUUGGAGAGACAGACAAUACUGUCUCUAAGUCCUGGGAAAACCGAGCUACUGCUCGCACUUCGCAAGGGCAGGGAUUGGUGUCUGUGUAUGCAGAACUACUGCGAGUGGCCGUUGUCCACACGCAGUGCGAGCACCUGGCAGGGGUACAGAACAUCAUUGCUGAUGACAUCUCACGGAAUGAUUUUUCUGUCCCACUCUUUGACCGUGCCCAACAGCUGUUUCUCAAGCAUCCUUGCUUGAGGCCCUUGGACUAUUUCCUGCCGUCGCCCGAGCUCGUACAGCUCCUUACCUUGAGGCUGUACUCCAGGCACAUCCCGGUUCCUUGCGUCCUUCCGCAAGUCCUGGGACAGUUUCUGCCCGUAGACUCCACUAUCUCUGGUUCUGCUGUGCUAUGA